AUGGCUCCGCUGGCCGAGGUGGGGGGCUUCCUGGGCGGCCUGGACGGCCUGGGGCAGCCGGUGGGCGCCCACUUCCUGCUGCCGCCCGCCGGAGAGCGUCCGGCGCUUCUCGGGGACCGCCGGGCGCCGGCAGAGCGGGCGGCCCGCGGCGGGGCUGCGGCGGCAGCGGCGGCGGCAGCAGCGGACCUAGCGCACUUGCAGGGCAUCCUGCGGCGGCGGCAGCUCUACUGCCGCACCGGCUUCCACCUGCAGAUCCUGCCCGACGGCAGCGUGCGCGGCACCCGCCAGGACCACAGCCUCUUCGGUAUCCUUGAAUUCAUCAGUGUGGCAGUGGGACUGGUCAGUAUUAGAGGUGUUGACAGUGGCCUUUACCUUGGAAUGAAUGAGAAGGGAGAACUCUAUGGCUCUGAGAAACUAACUUCUGAAUGCAUCUUCAGGGAACAGUUUGAAGAAAACUGGUACAACACUUAUUCAUCCAAUGUGUACAAACAUGGAGAUUCAGGAAGACGAUACUUUGUAGCACUUAACAAAGACGGUACUCCCAGAGAUGGGGCAAGGUCCAAAAGACACCAGAAGUUCACACAUUUCUUGCCCCGGCCUGUGGAUCCUGAAAGAGUUCCAGAACUGUACAAAGAUGUGUUAGGAUACAGCUGAGGAAGGAGGCAACUUCGGAAAAAAAACCCAUAGUGGAGCUGUUGCCCCUACUUCCAUGGCAAUACCAGCAUGAGGAACCUGCAGAGGUCUAGGGUGUUGGGUUGGAAGAAGCCACUUUGUGAUGGGCAAGCGUCAGUUUUCUAACCUUUGGAUUUAGGAGACAAAGCUUUA